CCACUACAUUACGCUGUUGCAGAAGGGAAUGUGGAACUGAUCGAGGCAUUACUAGAUGCUGGUGCGGACAUCGAAAUACAAGAAGGGAAAUCCGGUAAAACGCCGUUAUUAAAGGCAGUAUCCGAAAACCAGCCCCAGGCUUUGGCAACACUGCUAGUGAGAGGCGCGUCUCAGAACGUGAGGUCUGGCUUUUUGAAUCGACUACCCAUACAUGAAGCAGCGGAAGAAGGCUAUCUAGCUAUAUGUAGCUUACUCCUAAAGCACGGCGGCGAGGUUGAUAGCAGAGAUAGCCUUGGCCAGACGCCGCUUCAUCAUGCCACGUGCCUGGGAAUUAUUCCAAUCCUUAUGGAACACAAAGCCUCUAUCAACAAAGCAGAUAGUACAGGUCGUACAGCCUUGCACGGGGCAUUACGGGGAAAAUGGCCUAAGCUGGCCACUCUGCUAAUCAGUUAUGGCGCGGAUGAAGAUCUUGCAGACAAGGACUGA